GGUGUGGCCUCCUGCGCUGCGCUCACAAGGGAAUAAACAGCCAUAGCCAGAAAGAGACCGUUGUUUACGACCACUAUCGCAUGUUUUGACACCAAUGUGAAGUCAAAAUGAAAGGUUUCUGCAACUUUUUGCAACGUUUCUUCAAGGAGUAGUUAUUGGCAGCCCAAACGCCAGAUAGGCUACAUGGUGUCCUCAUUCGACUAUAAAUAACGCUAUUGGGCGCGCACUAUGAGGUCAGUGUGCUGUGGUCCAUCUCACUGAAGCUUUCUCUGCAAACAGGUGGACUUCGGAUAUUUCGCAAAGGUAUCUGAGGCAUCGGCAUGCCAGUCCCCCCUCCUCCCCCUCCGCCUCCUCUGGCUCCCCCACCGCCACCACCACCGCCCAACGCUGCCCUGCCAAAGUGUCCAUCAGAGCCUCCUAAGUUCAAGUCUGGUGGAGGAGGUGGUGGAAGGAAUGCCCUGUUGGCCGACAUCCAAAAAGGAGCCCGACUAAAGAAAGUCACACAGGUCAAUGACCGCAGCGCUCCUGCCGUCGAUAAGCCCAAGGCUAGCACUGGAGAUGUAUCCAGCAGUGUUGGUGCUUCUCAGGGCUCAUCAGGAGGGAUGGCACCCAUGGUAACCUCUUUGGGUGGGCUCUUUGCUGGAGGGUUCCCCACUCUCAGGCCUACAGGACAAAGAGACUUAGCAGGCAAGACUUCAGUGUCCCGAUCGAGCUCCUCAGCCUCCCUGAAGCCUCUGUGGAACCCACCCACGCCAGCAGACACCGGCAGCGUGUCUGAGCCUCCCAGGACGGGGGAGCACCGAGGCUCCGUCCACCGUCCGCCCGUUCCCUCGUCCUCUGCUCCUUCCUCCCCCUCUCACUGCAGCAAGCACCUGCCUUCUUUCCCUGCAUCUUCUCCCCUCCUCCGCCUCCACCCGCCCCUCCCUCUGCUCCUCCCCCGCCUCCCCCACCUCAAGCCUUCCAGGACCGGCCGGCCAACAGGCCUCCUCCGCCUCUCCCCUCCUGUCCUCCUCCUCCACCUCCUCCAUCCCAAGUCACCAAGCCCACCUGGCUCCCCAUCCAGCACUCCUACCACACCUCCAUCUCCCAGCCCUCUACUCCUCCCCCUCCUCCUCCUCCUCCUCCACCUUUCCAACCUCCCUCUGCUGUUCCAGGGGACCGCUCCUCAGGGUGCUUCUACACUCCACCCCCAGUCCACUCGGAACCUUCUAGGUUCCCCAUCCUGCGGGACAGCCCACUGGGACCUCCUCCCCCACCUCCUCCUCCCCCCCUCCCAGCUUCUUACACCCCCAGCUGCCCGUCCACCCUCCCCCCUCCCACCCAAGGUGGCCGCAGUGCCCUCCCCAGCUAUGCGCUCUCUGCCUCCCUCGUACCCCUGCAACGCCCCCACCCGACGGCCACCGGCUGUGCCCAGAAAUGCAGGUGUGGCUCGGCUGGCUCCUCCUCCAGCUCCCCCGGCACGAUCCCCCUCUACCGAGCUGACCAGCCGCAUUCCUCCACCACCGCCACCACCUCCCCUGCCUCCAUCAAGUCUCAGGAAUGGACACCUGCACAACCUGGAUGAUUUUGAAUCCAAGUUCCAGUUCCACCCCGUAGAGGACUUCCCCCCUCCCGAUGAAUUCAAGCCUUUCCCUCGGAUCUACCCCAGCAAAGAAAACAGAGGCAACCCCAAAUCACCUGGGAUAAGGACACAUCUAAGAUGAGUCAAGGCUCCCCCCACACGUGUGUAUUUACAUUGUGUGUAUUUUUACACACACGCACGCACGCACACACACACACACACACACACACACACACACACACACACACACACACACACACACACACACACACACACACACACACACACUUAUCAGGCAGUUAAGACUUAAUUUUCAUCCUCCUCCUCAUGACAGCUCAUGACAAUGACAUAACCGCCAUGGGCUUAUUUUGAUGCAGGCUGUGUGUGUGUUGUUUGUGUUGAGUGUAUUUGUGUGUGUGUGUCCCGCCUUAUUCUGACUAUGUGACCUCUGACCUAUUCCAGUGUGGAAUGUUUUGAAUGUGUGUGAGGAGGAGGACUCUCCCUACAUACAGACUCUAUAUACACACACACACACACACACUCCAGUGUCUUCCAGCAGCUAUAUUUAACACGACUCUUGACACAGUUUGUAAGCAUUUCAGUUUCUACAGUAUAAUGAAUAGAAUAUUUUGAUUUUAUGUCAUGAUAUGUCCCUUUUAUAGAGUAGCACUUUUGAAAGUCUGUAUUUAACUCAGAAACAUUCUUAAACGCACAGAAAGUGAAGCUCUUUUAUAGAUACAAACUGUGGUCAUCAACAACAACUGUACAAGAAGAAGAAGCUCCUAGUACUGUAUGCAUGUUUGACAAAAUGCUCCAACAAUAAUUUCAAUUUUCAAUGUACAAGCAGGACAACCCUCUCUAGAAGUCAUGUUUUGGGGAAUUCAAUGACCUAUGUGAUCACCGUUAGCAGGGAAACCUCAUCUUAAACUCAAUGUGAAAAACAAUUACAGGUUCAUAAAUCCUUGCACAUACAAUGGUGCCUUCUGUGUUUAUGUUAUUGUUUUUAUAAGUAAAAUAUGCAUCCAUAAAAGUGCAGAAGAGAAUAUACUGAGAAUGAUAUAUCUUAGAAUGAUGGGAAUGCAUCUGUUUUAAGUUACAUUGUUAUGAAUAGAUAAUGGAAGAGGUUUAGUGUUGCCUUUCUUACUGUAUUAACCAAUACUAACACAUGUGAAGACAUUGCCACCUGCUGGUUCAAUGUGUAAAGUAUUACAAGUUGUGACCACCAAAUAAACCAGGAGCUAUGGAAA